AUGUCAACGAAUGAACAAAUCGCAAUAGAGAAAAACUAUACCACUUUUCAUCCUUCCGAGUUUAAUAUUGAAGAUUAUACAGAUGAGCAAGAAGCAAGUUUAGAAGAUCUAUUUAAUCAUUUCGAUCAAUUUAUUGAAUGUCUACAAGAUACUAUUCCUAUUGAUCAGUUUCCUGCUGAAGGCGUUGAAUAUCAUGUUCCAUUAAAUACAAAUUUCCAUGAAUGGGUACAAGAAUUUGGUAAAACAACAGGAGCAACUUAUUCUAGACAUAAUAUAGAACGAAUAUAG